AUGGCCAAGCCCCUCCUCCUCGGCAUCCUCGUCGUCGUCGCCGCCGCUGUCCCCGCGGCGGAAUCAUCAAGAGAGGCCAACCUGACCCUCGUCAACGACUGCAACUACCCCGUCUGGCCGAUGGUGAUUCCCAACGACGGCUCCUCCCCCAUCUCCGGCAACACCGUGCGCCUCGACAGACGGGGCGGCGCCGCCGCCUUCAUCAUUCCGCUUAGCCGCGCCUGGUCGGGCCAGGUGGUGGCGCGCGCGGGGUGCGCCGUCGAGACGCCCUGCCCCUCGCGGUGCGCCUCGGGGGAGGAGCUAGCUGCCGGCGCGGUGGUGCAGCUGCAGGUGCACGCGUACUGGCGCGCCGACGUGGCCGUGUACGGCGUGAGCCUGUCGGGUGGGUUCAACGUGCCGGCGACGGUGUACCCCGCACGCGUUCCCGACGGGCUCGGCGUGCCCCGUGCUCGGGUGCACGGAGGACCUGAACCCGAGGGCUGA